AUGGCCGAACUCGGCGAACUCGGCGCUCUCGACGACGCUCCGCAGGGUGGAUGGAAGGCUUCCAGCGGGAUUCCCGUGCCCGACUUUGUCGAGCCAGUGCUCACUGUUUCCGUCCUGCUCCUGGCAAUCUUCUUCACCCGCAGAAGGGGUUACUCCUUGUCCAAGUCGGCGAAUCCGUACCAACUGCUCCCCGACGAGGAGUCGCCGAGAAGCUCGGACGAGUAUGGCGAGCUCCUGUACCGUCGGCAGAGCGACCGGCACCCCCCCAAAUCCCGCUCUCUCGGCCCUUGCCUGCGCCUCACCACCCCAAACUCGAGCCGGUUUGCGCAAAACUGGCACUCCAGGGUCUUGCAAAAGUUUCCGUUUCUGAUUGAAAUGUUCUACUGGGGGGUCAGCUUCGGCGCGUACCGCUACACAAAGGUGCUCGCCCAGGCGGCGUAUGGUGGUCGGCGAGGGCUGUGGGAUUCGGCCCAACAGCGUGGGCUGGCCAUUCUCAACCUCGAGGCUCUGCUGUGGGGAGGAGACGGACCGGCGCCCGGCAGGUGGCUCGAGUGGAGGAUGCAACGUUGGUUCCUGCGCGGAGCCGAGCUGGGCGACUACCGAGCCUGGCUCUUGUCGUUGCUCAACCGCGGAUACGCCCUGGUGCAUUUGCCGGGCACCGUCUCGUUCCUGGCCUACUACUACACCGCCGCCUCGACGCACGCGCGCUUCUGCACCGUCCGUCGAACCAUGACCAUGACAAACUUUGUCGCCUUUGCCAUCUUCGUCCUCGCGCCCACGAUGCCACCGCGGCUGAUGCCCAAAAAGUACGGCUUCGUCGAUUCCGUCAGCCUCGAGGACGCCGAGUCCGUGUGGAUGGGGGGCGACUUUGUCAACCUGCUGGCCGCCAUGCCCAGCAUGCACUUUGGCUACGCAUUCUGCAUCGGCUGCACAUUCAUUGCCGAAAGCGGCGUCCUCGACGGGGUGUCUUGCCGGCUCGGAAGUCUGGCCACGGGCCGGUCGGCAGCAAGCCUGGACGAGGACGGGGACGGGGACGGGGACGGGGACGGGGACGGUUGCGAAGCAGCGGUCGAGACCCGUCGCGGCGCGUUUGCGAGAGCCUGCAUGUUUGCGUUUGGGGUUUGGUACCCGACGUGGAUGCUCGUCACAAUCGUCAGCACGGCCAACCACUAUUUCCUGGACGCCUUUGCGGCCAUGCUGGUCUGCCUGGCGGGCUACAUGUCGAAUCGAGUGCUCUGCGUCUUCCUACCGGUCGAGGACUACCUGCUGUGGGUCCUGAGACUGGAGAAGCCGGUCCCGACGACUGGGUGGAGGAAGAACCUGGCAGUCUUGUAA